GUAACGGGCGGCGGGCCCUUUAAGGCGGGUGAGGGCGGGGCGGAGGCGAGGAGAGCCCUGCUGCUCCCGCUGCUUCUCCUCCUCCUCCCUCCGGCUCAGAAGCUUUCGCUCCCUUCCCCGGGCUGCCCCAGGAGGAUGCGAAGGAGGCGGCGGCGGAGGGGGGGGAGGCAGACGCAGCAGCGGCGGCAGAGGCAGCCAUGAGCGCGACGGCGGCGGAGGCGGCUUCCUCCCGCGCCUCCUCGCAGCUCCGCGCCCUCUUCCGCAUGGAGCCCGCCCCGCUGUCCGCCGCCUCGGAGCAGCUGGUGGGAGCCUCCGAGCUCCUCAAAGACCGACUUUAUUUUGCUACUUUACGGAACAGACCCAAAAGCACAGUUAACACCCACUAUUUCUGUACCGAUGAGGAGCUGGUCUAUGAAAAUUUUUAUGCAGAUUUUGGACCUUUAAACUUGGCUAUGUUAUAUCGAUUUUGCUGCAAGCUAAACAAGAAAUUAAAGUCAUUCAGCCUAUCAAGAAAGAAAAUAGUGUAUUACACCAACUUUGACCAGCGGAAACGAGCAAACGCUGCAUUUCUAAUAGGUGCAUAUGCAGUGAUAUACUUGAAGAAAACGCCCGAAGAAACUUAUCGAAUACUUUUGUCUGGAUCCAAUCCACCAUAUGUUCCAUUUAGGGAUGCCUCAUUUGGAAACUGUACAUACAAUCUUACUAUUUUGGAUUGUCUACAAGGAAUAAAAAAGGCCUUACAGCAUGGAUUUGUGGACUUCAAGACAUUUGAUGCAGAUGAGUAUGAACACUAUGAGCGAGUAGAAAAUGGUGACUUCAACUGGAUUGUCCCAGGAAAAUUUUUAGCAUUUAGUGGACCACAUCCAAAGACCAAGAUUGAAAAUGGCUACCCUCUCCAUGCACCUGAAGCUUAUUUCCCAUAUUUCAGAAAACACAACGUAACAACAGUAAUAAGACUCAAUAAAAAGAUUUAUGAGGCAAAACGUUUCACAGACGGUGGGUUUGAGCACUAUGACUUAUUCUUCAUUGAUGGAAGCACGCCAAGUGACAGUAUACUACGACAGUUCUUGAACAUCUGUGAGGAAGCAGAAGGUGCCAUUGCUGUUCAUUGCAAAGCUGGGCUAGGAAGAACAGGAACACUGAUAGCCUGUUAUAUAAUGAAACAUUAUAGAUUUACACAUUCUGAAGCCAUUGCUUGGAUACGAAUGUGCCGGCCAGGUUCUAUUAUUGGACCCCAGCAGCACUUUCUGGAAGAAAAGCAAUCAAUGUUAUGGGUCCAAGGAGAUAUCUUUCGCGCCAAACAGAAACCGAAAGGAGUAGGUGAAGACAGUGUGAACAAAGUUCUGUCUGGCUUUGAUGACAUUUCCAUCAGUGGGACUUUGAGUAAAAUAGAAAAUAUGGAUAGAUAUGGAGAGAAUGAUCUGGAGGACAAUGCAGAAGUAGAAACUAAGAAUGGCAUGACUCAGGGAGAUAAACUCCGUGCCUUAAAACUUCGGAGACAGCCACGUUCAGCUACAACAGGAGCUCUUAGGUUAGAAGAUGUGAAAUUGCACACCAGAUCCAUAUCCCAGCCUUUCAGACUGAAUACGGCCUCUCUCUCUGAAGGGCGUAUCUCUCCUCUAAAGUCUUCCAAAGUGACGGCUGCUGUGUCACCUGCAGCAAAGAGAAUAAACAGACAUACUCCGUCUUCAAGCCCAAAUUUAAAAAGCGUUUCCAUAAACUCCAGGCUAGCCAAUUCUCUAGGGAACCUGUAUGCUGCUUCAGAUGAUGCUGAGAGCAAAAUGACAUCAUCGUCCACUAGGACAGGUUAUUCUGUAAACCAAAUCUCCGGUCAUUUGAAUGGCAGCGCACAGCCGCCUGCCAGAAAUUACCAUGAACUGAACAACAACCUGUACAACAGGAGUGGCUCUAGUGCUACCAACCUCAACAGCUAUGCCAAUUCCCCCAGCGUCCUGGCAGACGGGUACAGCACCUACAGAUCCUUUACGGGGCUCGCUGCUUCUCCAGCAAGAUAUCUGAGCCGAUCGAUUCCUUCCCUUCAGUCUGAAUAUGUUCAGUACUAAAGCCUUGUUGCUUCGGUAAAAGCCGGACAGCUCUUAAAAUCAUAUUUCUUCAAGAAGGAGCGAUGUUGAGGGAAACAAAACAAGCGGCGGGGAAAAGAUCUCUUCAAAUAUGAAUAGGACUUAAAGAAAUGAAGUCUUUGGAUAACCAAAGACACAUCACUUAGUGACUACUACAAAUGCACUGAAGUUAAACUUCUGGAUAUUAUAGUUUUGUGUACAGAUGGAAGAUUUUAAUAUUGAAGGCAUUUCUAAUUAAUGUUAGCAAUAUGUUUGUAAUUAUGGUUCUGAAUACAAUGUUAUAAUGUCUAUGUGUUGAGUAUAUUAGUGUGUGUAUGUGUAUACACACAUGCGUAUGUAUCAUGGCAUAUAUAUAUAUAUACACACAUACAUACACAUACACACAUACAUACAUACACACACUUGUGUACAAAGUAGACUAUAUUUUGAUUUAAGAUUAGCUCUUUUUUUUUUACCAAAAAUGUAUAUUUUUGAAUAUAUAAUUUUACAAUUCAGACAUUAACCAGUAUCCAGAAAUGUUUGUGUGUGCAGGGUAUUUUUGCACUUGAUUCAAAGAGAAGAGGUUCGCUAAACGUUAUGGAAAAGUCUCACCUUACAGGGCUCCUGAAUUUUGCAGGAUGCAAAGAGAGCGAGUUGAAGAAAGGGGCUCAAAAAUCUGUAUCCACAUUUGGAAGCAACCUUUGCACAUCUCUCAAAACUGGCCAUUCGUUACAGAGCUGCUUAUUUUCAUUUUAUGACUACAUCACUGUGGCUUUUAUUUUAAGAAACUUUACUGAUGGACAACGAGUUAAUGUUGGUCUCAUUUUUUAUGUUUGCUUUUAACAUUGAAAUGUUGAUGUUCAAAAUGGACCAUUUUUAAAAGUAUAUGAUAUAUCUAUGGAAUAGGACUGCUCUAACCGCGUGGAUUUUUUUUUUUGUUCAUUCAAAGGGAAAGUAAUUUAAAGCAAUAGACCAGUCAAUGUUUUCAACUGAAUGAUUUGUUUUACACCCACAUUCUUCUCUUAGAGCUUUAUUUUUCUGUAUUACUGAUUGUGAAAACUACUGUAUGAAAUAUAAAACUAGAAUGCAAUGUUUAGUAGGGAAGGAAUUUGUACAUUGCAAGAAAAACAUCAGUAUUCACUGACCCUAUAAGGUUUUCAUGUCUUUGGUUCUUCAUUUGACUGGACCUUUCAUUGUGCAAAUAUUUUUCUCACUACAAGUGUAAAUAUGGAUGCAGAAAGUAACGUUUUCAUUCUGGAUUAUGUAAGUGUUAGAGACAAGUUGCCUGUAUACCAUACUAUAUCUGCAUAUUCAACUGUCUUCUCCUGUACUGUAUCCUUCAAAAUGCUGUUGCCAUGACUAAUAUCUUAAUGCAUUUCAUUCUUAGUUCAUGUUAAUCAUCAAACCUUUUCAAAUAAUGUUACAGGAAAAGAUAUAUAUCUCCUCAGUUAGAACCCUUCAUAUCAUUUUUUUAAUUACUGCAGUUCCCUUAUUUUUCUAUGUGUAUAUAUACUACUUGUCAUUAUCAUUAUAAUUGAGAAGGAAAUAGCAGUAGAAAUUCAAUGGCAACACUCGUAUCAUUUAUCAUUCUUAAUACGCUUAGAAAUUGGUGCACUCAAGGUAAUGUCUGCCUUUAAACAAACAAUCCUAUCUCCUUUAAAACUCCAGAAGAUGUCCAAGCCUUUCCCCAUUUUGACUCCCUUUGGAGCAUGAGCAUUCAAACUAUGCUUUCCGACUUCAUUCAGACUGGUACAUUGUAUUUUCCAGGAUAUGACAUAAUUUGAAAGGCAUUUAAUGAUUCUUAUAGUGUCCUGGUUUAGGAAAAAUAGAAAACUUUCAUCUUAUGAUCUUCCUAGUUUAAUUACUUGUCCUCCAAAGAGAAGGGCAAAGGGGCUACCUGUUUUAGCAAAAGGCUUGUAUUAUGUAUUGUGGCUCAUGUAGCAAAUCAUCCGAAGCAGGCCAUUCAUAAAGAAAUGCAGGGAGUGUGCUAUAUAUGUAUUAGUUUUUAAUGUUGAGCAAUUAUGAUGGCUAAAUUCUUGAUUGCAGCUGUUUUAAUCGAUGGAUGCAAUAUUUUAUCAUAUGUACAUGAAAUGUACUGUAUAUAAGUGAGCAUUAGGCAAAUUCUAAGGUAAUUCUACCUCUAUAAAGUUUGACAUGUAUUUUGUUACUAGCUUGGUUACUAGAAAGAUGUACUAUUUUUGAAAUGUAGAAAUAAAAAUGCUAAUAAAUAAUAAACAUCCAAA